AUGGAGACCAAUGUUGUAUUAGUGCUACUGGUGGGACUGCCAGGAUCAGGCAAGACUACACUCUGCAGGGCACUGAAGGCACACCAUGAAGAGCACCACAACAGUGGGAGGCUGGUGGUGAUUCAUUUAUGUUAUGAUGACCUGAUUCCACUGUCUGUUCAGAGAGAGUUUGCAGAGCAGAAGAGGACUGAAGGCCAAUGGUAUGGUGAAGAUCUGAAAGGAAUCAAAGGGGAGGAAGGGGAGGAGAAGAGUUGCAAGGUGAACGACAUGAAGGGUAGUAAGGACAGAGAAGAGGAUAAGGAUGGUGAAGACAGUGUGACGAAUGGUAUCGGUGAUGACUGGAAGAGUGCACGACGCAAGGUUCACACCCAGGUUGACUGGUUUGUCCAGUACCUAACCACUGGUAAGGCUGAGUCAGGGGUUGAAAAUUUCUUUAAUGUUUCACUUGAAGAAUUAAGAAGUGGUUCUAAAUAUGUAAUUCUCUUGGAUGACAACUUUUACUACAGAAGCAUGAGGUAUGAAUACUUCCAGCUUGCCCGCAGGCACAGUGCAGCAUUCUGCCAGCUGUACCUACACUGUAGCAUGGAGGAAGCUGUACUGCACAAUGACAUGAGGGAGGAGAGAGUGCCGACAGGUGUGGUGACAGCCAUGGCAGAGCGGCUGCAGGCCCCACAGGCACACCUGCACCCAUGGGAAGCCAACACCUGUGUACUGAAUACAGGUGUGGGACAGGUGUCUGAGGCUUUGGAUGCCAUUAUCCAAUCCUUCCAGCAGGGCCUCACCCCCCUUCAGGACAGAGAGCAGGAGGUGGCUGAGGCUCGGCGGCGCUGCUCUGAGAGUGUGGUUCACCAGGCAGAUCUUUGCCUCAGAGCCAUAGUAAAGCACCUGGUAAAAGAGCAGUUGCAGCAAGUGGACAAGAGAAGCAGCCCAGCCUCCCAGGUAGCUGCACACAUCAAUGCAGCUCGGCAGGCAGUGCUGGCCAGCCUGAGAUCAGGAGCAGAGGUGCCACACCACCUGGCUGAGGCCAUCACCCAAGACAACAAGCAUGAGUUUGAGACAUUUUUGGAGGCUGAAAUGAAGAAGAUUAUUUCAGAAUAACUUACUUCAAGUUUUACCUAAGGAACGAGGUAUUAUGUGUUAUCAGAUUUUAUUGAAUUCUAUGAAUGGUUUCUCCACUAGAUGUCAAGAAAGAGAAGCAUUGAUUAAACAGUGAGACAAAAGCCCAAGUCCAUCUUGGCAGUUGAUGUGGAAUAAAUUCAAAUAAAAUAAUGUAGAGUUAUUAACAGUAGUGAAAACAGGUGCUCUGCCUGUGAAGAGAACACUUGGCACAGAGGGUGUGCAGAUGUAAAUAAUUGUAAGACCAAGACCACAGGAUUUGUACAUUAUGAACCAGUAAAGGUGGAAAAAUCAUAAA